AUGACAUCAGAAGUGAACGAGUGGUACAAGGGGCGGAAGGUCCUGGUCACAGGGGCAUCCGGCCUCAUGGGUAAAGUCCUAAUCGAGAAGCUGCUCUACAGCGUCCCAGACAUCGACUGCAUUUUCGCCAUAGUGAGAUCAAAGCGCGGGAAAACGCCAGAAUCGCGGAUCGAGGAAAUGUGGAAAUUGCCUCUAUUCUCAAGAAUUCGGGAAGAAAAGCCUCAGGUCAUGAAGAAAUUGGUGCCUGUAACUGGCGAUAUAUUGUGCGACAAUCUCGGCAUUGAGAGCUCGAAGCUGGAACAAAUAUACAAUGAGGUAUCAAUAGUAUUCCAUUUUGCCGCAACUCUUCGCCUGGAAGCGCCACUGAAAGAAGGUCUCGAGAUGAACACGAGGGGUACGCAACGUGUGAUCGACGUAGCGAGGAAAAUUAAGAACCUGGUUUCCUUCGUUCAUCUCUCCACUGCAUUCUGUUAUCCUGACUACGAGAGGAUGGCGGAAAGGGUGCAUGACCCGCCAGAAAACCCUCACGAAGUACUUCAGGCAGCAACUUGGCUCUCCGAUGAUCAACUGAACUUGAUAGCGCCAUCCUUGAUGAAGAAGCAUCCCAACUCUUACACCUACUCGAAACGUCUUGCUGAGGCACUUGUAAGAGAGUCGUAUCCUGAUCUACCCGCAGUUGUGGUACGGCCGAGUAUAGUGACACCAUCGCACAGAGAGCCAAUCCCCGGAUGGGUGGACAAUCUAAACGGCCCCAUCGGCCUGAUGAUUGGCGCCGGAAAGGGCGUGAUCCGGUCCAUGCACUGCUACGGACACUACCAUGCUGAAGUGGUGCCGGUCGACAUAGCCAUCAAUGCUCUUGUUGUAAUACCCUACUAUCUCAACACACAAGUCGAACGGUCUCCCGAGAUCCCGGUGUUCAACCUCACGACGGGCGACGACAGAAACGACACCUGGAAGGAAGUGCUCGACGUGGGUAAGGCGACGGUUCGAAAGUAUCCCUUCGAGGGCCCGCUGUGGUACCCCGACGGGAACAUCAGGCAUAACAAGCUGAUCCACGAGCUGUGCGUCUUCUUCUACCACAUUAUACCGGCGUACCUCAUCGACUUCCUCAUGCUGGUAUUUGGACAGAAACGAUUUAUGGUGCGAAUCCAGAACCGAAUAUCCGUGGGGCUGGAGGUCCUCCAAUACUUCACCACGCGCGAAUGGUGGUUCGACUCGCACAACUUCAAGAGUCUGCCGAAGGCGUUGAACUCCGCAGACAGCGCCAUCUAUCCGAUGGACGUCACCAAGAUCGAGAUAGAGCCCUACAUCGAGAGCUGCAUGAUCGGAGGCAAGCUGUACUGCCUUAGGGAGAAGCUCGAAAACCUGCCGAAAGCGAGGCUGCAGAACAACAUUUUAUACGUAGUGGACCUUAUGACUUCGGCCUUCUUCUACUUGCUGAUCCUCUAUUGGCUGGCGCUGUUCUUCGAACCGAUCCGGCAGCUUCUGUCCUACGGAGGCCCCUUCGUCAGGCACCUUCCUCUGGUGGGCAAGGCUGUUUUCGGAAAAUAA